AUGUUGACCCCCCGUGUUCUCCGCUUGCGCCCCACGUUCUCUGUCGUCCGCCUUUUCAGUUCCUCCACUGCCCACCACCGUGCCCCGUCUAUCCGGGACAUAACUCCCGAUAAUGCUGCCCAGUUCAAUGCCCGCCAGAAGGAAUUCCGCGAAAAUCUCGAGGCGGCCCGGAAGAGAAGAGAAGAGCAAGAGAGUCAGUCCGUCAAUGCGUCUACUUCACCCUCUACCCCUGUUACCCCUCGUGACCGUCUUCGUGAGUUCUCCACCGCUCCCACUGCUCCGGAUGUGAGCAAUGCGAGCAGCAUCUCUGCUCCCUCCAUUCUUGACGCAGCCGCAACCCUGGAUCAACAGGCCUUAGGCUCACUCUCCACCAACCGUUUCUUAGGAGACCAACAAGAAGCCGAUGCCGCCAGUCAGUCCCAGAAGCGGGGUCCUUUCUCAUCCCUCAUUUAUGGCACCAAAGAGGGCCAGCAUUUCGACAAAGACAUCGAGCGUUCCUUCUCGCAGAUACUCGCCCGUGGCAAAUACGUGCAUUCCAUCGUCUUCCACGAGGUGAAGCCCGACAAAGUCGAUGAGUAUGUGGAGCUUGUCGGUCGAUGGUACCCUCGUAUGGCUGCCAUCGAGGAGAACAAAGUCAAACUGGUGGGAAGUUGGCGGACUGAAGUGGGAGACAAUGACACGUUUGUCCAUAUCUGGGAAUAUCAACGCUAUGCGGGAUACCACGAGUCCCUGAAUUCCAUUUCUCGCCACCCAGAGUUCCCGGAGUUUGACAAGAAACUCAGAUCCUUGGUCAAGAGUAAGAAGACAUCCCUUAUGCAGGAGUUUUCGUUCUGGCCUACAACCCCGCCACGUCGCCUCGGUGGAUUGUUCGAGCUUCGAUCUUACACCCUCCACCCCGGCAAUCUCCUUGAGUGGGAAACGCAUUGGCGUCGAGGCCUCAAGGCGCGCCGGGAGGUCAUGGAGGGCGUGGGUGCAUGUACCGCUCAUCCAGACGAUGAAGAGCAGAAUUCUCAUUCCGAUGCCUUGGAGCCCGGUUGGAUAAAGAUUGCUUGUCCUCCAAGUUGCUGUUUCGAUGGUGUCUGGUCGGCCCAAGACCUUGAUCCAACAGCUGCCACAAUCGGCAAGCUUGGACUACAUAAUUUGGCGCUAUUUGUCCCAGGAUUAUUGUCACAAGGUGCAUUGGAUGUGGUUGAGUUUCGUGUCAGCUGCCUUUGCCCAACGGAGAAGCUUUGA